AUGAGUUCGGGCACUCCGUACAUCGGGAGCAAAAUCAGCCUCAUCUCCAAGGCGCGCAGAUCGCGACGAGGGCAUCCUCUACACCACAUCGACACCGACAACUCCACCGUCGCCCUCGCCAAAGUGCGCUCCUUUGGAACGGAAGAUCGUCCUACAGACCGUCCGGCACCCCCGAGAGAAGAAGUUUAUGAGUAUAUCAUUUUCCGAGGGAGUGACAUCAAAGAUAUCACUGUAUGUGAGCCUCCAAAAGCGCAACAUAAUCUGCCACAGGAUCCUGCUAUUGUCCAAUCUUCCCUGAGCUCUGCCUCAGCAUCCUCCUUUCAGUCACAUGUGCCUUACAGUCCCUUCAGAGGCAUGCCGCCCUACAGCCAGCUUGCUGCCAGUUCUUUAAUUGGCCAGCAGUAUGCAGCCUCUCUUGGUUUAGAGAAACUGGUAAGCCCUCCAACAUCAGCAGCUGCUUCCAGUCCUAGCACUUCUUCAUCUCCUCAGCCAGUUUCAGAGCCUGACUUGUCAUCAGAGCCACACCUGCUGUCUUCUAAGGGUGCUGCUUUUUCAUCAGUCCAUUCAGUGCGCAAAAGUCCUAUGGUGGAGCAGGCUGUCCAGACAGGUCCUAUUGACAGCAACCUGAAUCCUAAAAAGAUUCCUCCAGCCAAAGCCACUCCAGUGAUCCAGCGCAACACACGUCAGAUUCAACAGAGUAACAAGACAAGUGAUACAGUUGAGCCAACACCUGUACAAACACAAGGGCAGGUGAAUGAUGAGAAUAGAAGGCCCCAAAGGAGGAGAUCAGGAAAUAGGAGAACUAGGAAUCGUUCUAGAGGGCAAAAUCGACCAGCUACUGUAAAAGAGAAUACAAUAAAGUUUGAAGGUGACUUUGAUUUUGAAAGUGCAAAUGCACAAUUUAACCGAGAGGAGUUGGAUAAAGAAUUCAAGAAGAAACUGAACUUCAAAGAUGAUAAAGUUGAGAUGGGUGAAGAAAAGGGGGAGCCUGCAGUGACUGCUGAGAAUUGUGAUGGUACUGCAGAUGAAGAUCUCUUAGGACCCAACUGUUACUAUGACAAAACAAAGUCUUUUUUUGACAACAUCUCCUCAGAACUCAAAUCCAGUUCAAGGCGUACAACGUGGGCUGAAGAACGGAAGCUGAACACGGAGACCUUUGGUGUAUCAGGACGAUUUCUUCGUGGUCGCAGUUUUCGUGGUGGAUUUCGUGGUGCAAGGGGCUCUGGAGCUGUGCGGCGAAGUCAGGCUCCUCCCAGAGUGGGCACUGGAAGAGUGUGAAGUUUGCAGGUUCUCAAGCAUAUCUUGCUGCAAAGACAUGUAUAUAGGAAGGAGGGAACAAUCAGAACUGCUGCACUUAAAAACAUGGGUGAAUGGAGCAUUAUGUUCACAGGCUUAAACUCCCAGCACUGCUGCUUGUGUGUCAAAGCAGGAAUGGGACACAGAAAUAACUUGAAAAGGAGUGUGUUCAGAAACCACCUCUUCAAGGAGCUUUUUCUUUCUUUUUUAAAGUAGUGCGAAGAAUUUGUGCUGCUUUUAGAUUCCAGAGGCUGCGAUAGCUGAAUACCUAGAACACUUGUUCUUUUCCCUGAAGAGGACAACACAAUUUGAAAUGAAUAAAAAAUGAACCAAAGUCGUUUGAAACCAGCAACUUUUCUUAAUUUGAGGAGCCAAGAUUCUGCGGGUCUCCUGUUAUUCAGCCUUCCUCUCUUACCUUUUCACACUCACCCCUUGGUUCAAGCAGAUUAUUUUGAUGUACAGAAACAAGUUCUAGUGCAAAAAGUUGUGUAUUAUGUGGCAUUGGGGAUUGUUGCUUAUCAUGUGUUUGUAAUUCUGGGUUCACUACUUCAGAUGUUCAGCUUCUCUAGGGAACUGUACAACAAACUCGCUUGGAGUGCUGGUCACCCCUCCAAAACAAAUGUGAAGGAUCUGACCUGGACAGUAAUAAGUGCCAUUCUCUAGUCUCAGUGAUAAGCUUCCAUUUUCUAGUACUUCAGUGGCGUGUUCUGUGUCUGGAGAAGGCUUAAGGUUGUGUGAUGUUCUUUCAGAAACCCAUAAGAGACUGAGAUCCUUCCUCCAUUCUGUUCCUCCCUCCCUCCUCCCACCCUUCUCUCUCUCUCUCUCUCUCUCUCUCUCUCAUUAAAUGGGGAAAAUCUAGGUUUCUGGUUUCAAGUCCCCUUGGGGAAAAGAGCAGUACGUGCUUUUUGUGCUUGGAACCUGAGUAGGAUAUUUAAUCCUCAGAAUAUGGAAUAGGGGGCUAAAUGAAACUUGGGGAGCCAGCAUGUUCAGUUCCUUCUAAUCCCCCCUCCCCAAGCUCUAUAAAUAGUUCAGGUCAUUUUUUUCUGUUUUUAAAAUGGCUGGGGGCAGGGCUUGAAAGGUGGGUGUGUGGGGAUUAUAAAUUUAUGCAUGAAAGUGUGUUAAGCCUUUAGUAAUAGGCAUGUGUCUCUUUUGUAGCUACAGGACUGUUUUGUUGAAAGGCCUCUAGUGGGUGCCAUUUCUCCCCCCACUCCCUUCAUGGCUUGCAUUUUCAGUUCCUCCCCUAGGUCAUGGCAUUGAUUUAAGUUGCUGUAAAAGGCUUUAGUUUUGUAGGCCUUCAUCAUGAAGUAUGCAUUGUGGUGAGGCUGCUUUAUGGAGUCAUGUAAAUUGUAACUAUAAAUAAAUAUAUAAAAUGUU